UUCGCACUUCAGUGGAUUCAAAGCCGGGUAAAAACGGUGCAAAACAUUUUGAAAAUAAACAACGUCGAAAAUCUACAUCAGAUGUUGGAACGCAAACAAAUAUUAAACCAACGAUAGAAGAAUCGUCGACAAUAUGUGAUAAGAAAGGUUGUUUAGCAGCAUGUAAAUCUUUUUUUCGACGGUGUAAAGGAUUAUUGAAUAUUCUCGCAUACUUUCGUUUUGCUUUGGUGUUAACUUUGUACACCCUGAUUUUCGUGGACGUUAUUCAUUUAAUUACAAAAAUUCCUAAAGAUUUUUGGGUUGAAUGCCUAUUACAG